CUACCAGAUUCCCUUUUAAAUGACUGCGGAUAUGCGGGCGGUCGCAGCUACAAAUGGUGAGAGGAGGCUCAGACCAGGCUCGCGAAUGGCCCGCAGCGACCAUUUAACUGCACCCGCACAGCAGUUAAGGUUUGUCACUCGACCCUCCGGAAUCAUCUCACGUGUCCCCACUGAGACUCUAGGGCGCUGCCGGAGCCCGGCCUCUCGGUAGCUGGAAGCACAUCCUGCCUCGGGCAGCGCGGGUGCAGGGUACACGUUGGCGCACAUGCACGCGCGCACACGAACACGCGCAAGCCCUAAGGUGCGCACCGAUAUCGAUAUCCGUGCUGGUUUAGCGGUUCUGCGACCCAAAGAGUCCAGGGAGAUCCACGGAGUGGUGCCUGGCGUAUAGGACCAUGCAGCCGCCUUGUGGCUCGGAGCAGCGGCCCGCGAUGUCCCAGCCACUGUGAACCAUUUGGUCAGCACCAACCUGCUCAGCCCCAGCACCAACAGGCUCAGCCUCUGGUACGCUCCACUCCGCGGGAGGCCACCAGCACCAAGCAGCAAGAGGGCGCAGGGAAGGCCUCCCCCCUCCAGCGGGGGACGCCUGGCUCAGCGUAGGGACACGCACUCCGACUGACUGGCACUGGCAGCUCAGGAUGUCGCCCUGGCCGAGGUGGCAUGGACCCGCCAUGGCGCGGCUCUGGGGCUUAUGCUUGCUGGUCUUGGGCUUCUGGAGGGCCUCUCUUGCCUGUCCUACGUCCUGCAAAUGCAGUUCCGCUAGGAUUUUGUGUACUGAGCCUUCUCCAGGCAUCGUGGCAUUCCCGAGGUUGGAACCUAACAGCUUUGACCCAGAGAACAUCACCGAAAUUCUCAUUGCAAACCAGAAAAGAUUAGAAAUCAUCAAUGAAGAUGACGUUGAAGCUUACGUGGGGCUGAAAAACCUUACAAUUGUGGAUUCCGGCUUAAAGUUUGUGGCUUACAAAGCGUUUCUGAGGAACAGCAACCUGCGGCACAUUAAUUUCACACGAAACAAGCUGACGAGUUUGUCCAGGAGACAUUUCCGCCACCUUGACUUGUCUGACCUGAUCCUGACGGGUAAUCCAUUCACGUGUUCCUGUGACAUCAUGUGGCUCAAGACUCUCCAGGAGACUAAAUCCAGCCCCGGCACUCAGGAUUUGUACUGCCUCAAUGAGAGCAGCAAGAACACCCCCCUGGCGAACCUGCAGAUACCCAAUUGUGGUCUGCCAUCUGCACGUCUGGCUGCUCCUAACCUCACUGUGGAGGAAGGAAAGUCUGUGACCCUUUCCUGCAGUGUGGGGGGUGACCCACUCCCCACUUUGUACUGGGACGUUGGGAAUUUGGUUUCCAAACACAUGAAUGAAACAAGUCACACACAGGGCUCCUUAAGGAUAACGAACAUUUCAUCGGAUGACAGUGGAAAGCAAAUCUCUUGUGUGGCAGAAAACCUUGUAGGAGAAGAUCAAGAUUCUGUGAACCUCACUGUGCAUUUUGCACCAACUAUCACAUUUCUCGAGUCUCCAACCUCAGACCACCACUGGUGCAUUCCAUUCACUGUGAGAGGCAACCCCAAGCCAGCGCUUCAGUGGUUCUACAAUGGGGCCAUACUGAAUGAAUCCAAGUACAUCUGUACCAAGAUACACGUCACCAAUCACACAGAGUACCACGGUUGCCUCCAGCUGGAUAACCCCACUCAUAUGAAUAAUGGAGACUACACCCUGAUGGCCAAGAACGAGUACGGGAAGGACGAGAGACAGAUCUCCGCUCACUUCAUGGGCCGACCCGGAGUUGACUACGAGACAAACCCAAAUUAUCCUGAAGUCCUCUAUGAAGACUGGACCACACCAACCGACAUCGGGGAUACUACAAACAGAAGUAAUGAAAUCCCCUCCACGGAUGUUGCUGACCAAAGCAAUCGGGAGCAUCUCUCGGUCUAUGCCGUGGUGGUGAUUGCAUCUGUGGUGGGAUUCUGCCUGCUGGUGAUGUUGCUCCUGCUCAAGUUGGCGAGACAUUCCAAGUUUGGCAUGAAAGGUUUUGUUUUGUUUCAUAAGAUCCCACUGGAUGGGUAGCUGAGGUAAAGGAAAGACAAAGGCUGGGCUGUGGUGCUUGUGGCCCAACGCCCGUGAGCUGGACUCUGGGACUGCUGUUGCCUAUCCCAGGAAGUGCUGCUUAUUUGGGGGUGUCUGGUGGAAAUGGGUAAUCUCCGAGGAUGUUUGCAGCCUGCUUGUUGUGAGCUGUGACUGGGGAACCCCAAGACUGCAGAGGCAGGGGUCAGGCAGCUGAGAAGCAGCGGAAGAACACACUUAGAUUCACCUUCUGUUCUUACAAUAGUUCAAAUAUAGAAUCGAAGUGAAAUCUCAUUGGAUUAUGCCUCUCUAAUGAAAAGCGAGCUGUUUGAGUAUACGGAAAAUGUGCUGACAUUAAUUGCUUCUGUUUAUUAAAGGUGAUUUGCAAAUUAAAAAACUAUGCAUCUAUCAUCUAUCCAUCUCUCUGUUUGUCUAUCAUCUAUCAUAUCUAUCUAUCUAUCAUCUAUCUAUCAUCUAUCUACAUAUCUAUCUAUCAUCUAUCUACAUAUCUAUCAUCUAUCUAUCAUCUAUCUACAUAUCUAUCAAUCAUCUAUCUACAUAUCUAUCAUCUAUCUAUCAUCUAUCUAUCUAUCUAUCAUCUAUCUACAUAUCUAUCUAUCUAUCUAUCUAUCUAUCAAUCAUCUAUCUAUCUAUCUAUCUAUCUUCUAUCUAAAGUCAUAGCUAGGUCUAAGUGCACACUAAAAGUCUAAUCCACACAUAACAUCUAUUUCAGCAACAUCUUCUGUUCUCUAACCUUUGCUGACGUCUGUGAUUUCCACUUACAACCCUGUGACUGAUAGACUUAAAGGCACAUUGGUGGUGUCAUUAGUAGGUUCUUUGUUUUGCUGGCAGCAAAGACCCAAACUCUUAGCUUAAGUGUCAGAGCACCUAAAGCUAACCAUUGCUUUUAAAGUCCACCCGGCAGGUAGAACGGAGCAGCACCAAGGACUGUGUGGCCAGGAGUGUGGAGCUGAAUUAACCACAAUCUGAGAAUAAAGAAUGGUAGGGUAUAUGCAUAUAGGGAAUUAAAAUCUUGUCCCUCCCCAUUGCCCUCUGCUAACCACCUGCCCUGUAGGAGUUUGCCUAGCUGGAGGGCCUCAGAUCUCAUGCUGUUUGAAUUACAGAGCUGCAGUUUCUCUAGUGUGAAUAGGCAUGCAAACUGAGCUGUUGGCCUGCUGUGAGCGGGAGAGCAUGUCUAAGGACAAUCCCUGGAGCAUGCUGCUCUACUGCUGCGUCCUGACCCAGCAGCAGAGAGGUGGCCAGCUGCUAAUGAAUGCGGGCUCCUUGAAGAAAGAACAGCCUCCCAGCUACCAAUCCCUGUGGCCCCCAACCACUCCUCACCGGGCCUUAACCCUCUCAUUCACUUUGUCAUGGCAGUGGCCUUUGUGGGAUUCAUCCCAUCUGCACCAGGCAGCAACUUUGUCUGUGCCUCCACUCUCACUUGGGAUAUUUCAUUUAAAAACCAUACUCAGCUCAUUAUACACUCACAUACAUAGCAUAGCUAGAAUGGAAACUUAUUAACAUUCCUUUUUUAAAAGGUAGUUUAUCUUAAAGGACUUAUAGGUUUUUCUCUUAACAAUCCCAGCAUGUUUGGUAACUAUUUUGAAUCCUCUGUAAGUGUGUCCAUCAAUCUUAAUAAACCAGAGCCUGUUUAGGCCCCACUUGACCUAAGACGAACACUGUGGUAUUUUGUACAGAGCCACUAGAGUAUGGCUUGAUUCGGGUUUUUCUGUUGAGUCCAUGGAUUAGAGUGUUUGCACUGGCCAUCCACACUGUGGCCUGAGAGGGCCGUCACUUCCACAGACCUCUCAAAGGCUUUGUCUCCGGGUGCACAGUGGGCCUUAGCACAGAGGGCUCCGUGUCCUGAACACCCCCACUGCUCAGCUUGCUGCAGCUAAGUGACAGCUCCUGUCACCACUGAGAUUUCUGUCUUUCUCAAAGGUGUUGACUUACCCAGAGGCCAGCUAAUAGCAGAAAUCUUGACCCCUCAAAGGAAAGUGAAAUUCAAACUGUCAGGCAGGCAGGCAAGCAGAGGCUCAAUGUGGCCAACACUCUUAAAUAUCGGCCAUUUGGCACCAAAAAAAAAACCUCAACAAAACAAAACAAAACAAUUUAAGCUUUGAUGUUAUUCCAUAAAAGGAUGAUGGAUUAUUUAAAGAUUAUUUUAUAAGUUCCUCAGAUCAGAAAGAAAAAAAGGGGGGAGGGGAGGAAUAAUUUCAGUUAACAGCUAGGAGAAAUGUAGGUUAAUGUUUUUGUUCUGAGAUGUAAAGAAGUGGACAGAUAAGGAGAUUUAAUAUCAAACGUCACUUGGCAUCUUCCAGGGGACAACGAGAGCAAUGGCUAUUAGAAAAUUGUUUCUUAUGGCUCCUGUGUUCUUUGCCUUUUCUUCUUUAUAACCCCCAAGGGCUGCCACCAGCAACACGGCGUCUCUUUCCUAUGCCCUUCCUUUUAUCCCUGGCUCUCUUUGGUCCCCCUGAAGAAGUUUGCUCUCUGAGGAUUCACAGUGGUGCAUAUUUCAUUUUUACAGCACCAGGAAGGGAGAAGGGACAUUUUUUGCUGGAGUUAGGUCUGUGCUCUCUGACAGGAACUGGCAUUACAGUGCCAGGCAAGUCUCCACACUCACAGUGGUCUAGGUGAGCCAUCACCUGCCUAAACCCCAGGGGCAGCUGUCAGGACACCAACCAUGUCCCGAGGGAGCAAGGACCCAAGUUUCCAAAUCUUAUUCUCUAAGGAAGAUGUGAAACCUGGAUUUUUAUAUGAAACAUACCUAUUUUUAAAAAGUUGGCUCAGUUAUUUUUAAAACAUUAUGUAGGCCAACAAAGCCUGCCUGUGGGCCGCCAGUCUGUUCCUUCUGUCUUAGAGAGAGUCAUUGUUCCCCACUGUAUCCGUCUGUCUUUCCCUGCAAACUCUCUUUCUCCACACCUGCCACUGUCAGGGGCGUUAAGCAAGUUCUGACAGGAACUUCACCCAUCCGAAGGUGCACAACUGUCUGUUGCCCUGUGAUUCCCUCCUAGCUGGGACCCCAGGCCCUGUCACCUUGCUGGGUUGUCCCUACAGUCCUGUCUUCUCACCAUUCUCCAAGCACAUCCUGAAUCCUAGUCAGCACUGUCCUCUGCUUUAUCUGACACAAAUCCCUUCUCUCCAGGUCCCAUGUCUUCUAGACUCUCAAGAGAGCAGAAUGAUGAGAAGAGUCCCCCUCCCCUAUCUCCAUGCUGUCCUCAGUGGACUGAUGGCCCUACUUAGCCAGAAACCAUCGCCUCAAGAGAUAGGGUUCCAUAGCCUGUUGACCCACCAUGGUUGGGUCUCUGAGGCCCUCUCAGUCAGCUUCUGACACCAUGAGAGAUCAUUCUGAGGCACAACAGCAGCCAACAUAGAACCAUCCUAAGGCUGAAGAGGGCUGUCUCCCAGCAGGAGACAGGAACCCCAGUACCCUGGAUGUAUUAGAGAGAGUCAGCUGAGCAAUAACUCCCACUCCCAGUUCCCACUCCCACUCCCACUCCUCCAGCCUCAGGCCUCCCCACAGCCAAGAAAACCAAUGCGUUCCAUCUCCAUCUUGGCCCUCUACUCUUCUGGAUCCUGAACUACCCCUCGCAAUAGCUAGGGUCUUGAAGUCUGAGCAGCAGGCUUACACAGGAGCUUGCAGAGUAAGCAACUGAGAGAGCCUGGGACUGAAUGCAGUUUUAGGGGUAUGUUGAGAAAACAGGCAGGGAGCACUUCCUUGCUCCUGCUACCCCCCACCCUCCACCCCCAUCUUUCUAAACUGACCCCAUGUUUGUUGGCUGCUCUGCCUAAUUAUAACACACUCAACUCCUCCCCCACACACACACCCUCUUGCAAACUAGACUCUCAAGCCUGAGCUGACUUCUGCCUGUGAGGGGGUGGUUCACACCUCCACCUGCUUUGAUACAUGCCAUCUAGAGUCCCUCCCUUUGCUUCCAUCUCAUCCUUUCACACUCAAAUUGAAACUCUCUUCAUCUUGUUUGGUCUAGACUGGAGAUUCAUGGGGAGGGCUCCACUGAAGGGGAAUGAUUCCAUACAACACGGAGCUCAGGAGGUGGCUGCCUCCAGCUGUGUGGGCUGUGCCAGGCUCUCUGCUUUACCAUGACAGAGCUCCCCGGGAUCCUGUAGUUCAGCAGAUCUGACUCCAAGGAACCUGGUACAGAAGUUGCCUUUAAGAACAUUCUGCCCCUUUUGCAUACCCUCAAUUCUUAGCAAUCUGUCAAGCUUACCUAAGAGCACCUGGGACAGCUGAGGGCUCUCCUGAAUUUAAAUUGCUUUCGGGUGAGUGCUGCCAGGCUUAAAUUAGGUUGACAGAAUUCCCAGCCCAGAAAGUUAGAUGGCAGUUUCUGCUCAAGAGGCAGCUUCCCAGUGUGGAUAACCAUUUCCUUGUUCUGGUCUCAGGGGCAGAGGGACCUCCCAGCUAUUUGAGCAUGACAUAAAUCAUUCACUCCGCAUUUAGUCUGGACUCACACUUCAGGGUAGUCAGUGAUAGUGAAGCAACUCCCAACCCACACUACAGCCAUUGUCUGUGUUCUGAGUCUUAGUUUUCUUGGGAGGGAGGAAAAACGUAUAAGAAACAAAGAAAAGAACCGGAAUUUUUCUCACCAGCUUAAUUUUAGCCGAUGCAUACAUGAACUCACAAACAAAUAAGAAGUAGCAAGACAUUCUCAAGAAAGACGUGUCCCUGGGCUUCAUCCCUGUUGGGUCCAAACCCAUUUGCUGGAAUCCAGAGGCAGUUCAUGACUCACUUUUGUGCCUUUUUCCCCCUAUAAUAUUCUGGGUUUUCAAGUCUCUUUUUUCCACAUUUCCUGUAAACAAUGCAUCUCUCUUUUUUUUUUUUUUUUUUUUUUAAAUGAUUUUACUUUAAAGUACUGUUUUAACAGUGUGGCUAGACUAUAAAUGUACUCGCUGAAUUCAUCCAUUUCUUUAACAAGCCAAUAAAGUUUUGUGAUUCAUCUCCA